AUGUGUCUAGCGCAGUUUUGGACGUUGAUGCGAAAGCAAGUAACCGAGUUCAUUGUUGAAGCUUCUGAACGUUUGUCUUUGAGAACAACACUGUUGGAGCAAAAUUUAGCAGUUGCAGGCAAAUGGCCAGAUGAUUCCUUCUUCGUAAGAAAGGAUUCAACUUUGAAAAAGAAUACUGCUUUUGUCAAGAAAGUGCGAAACUUUCUCGAUAGCCAGAAAGAUGCGCUUUUAUCGGAGUUCGAGUCCCUGAAUCUUUCUAAAUAUGUCGAAGAAGUCGCAACCGCGAUCGUUGAAGCGAAAAUAAAAUUAACUGAUAUUCCUUUUAUGUUGAAAUUAUGUUCAGCGAUGUACCAACGGUAUUCAGAUUUUGGAGUGUUGUUUUUUGAUGCGUGGAAGAAAUCAUUCUCUUCCCACAAAGAUUUAAAGAACACUAAUCUUUCCAAACUACGAGUUGAUUUGGCCUUAUUCGCUGAUCUUAAUACAAUCGGAAUAUUUCGAGACGCUGAUGGUAUCCGACUGUUGGCUGGGCAAUUGACUCUUCUAACUGCAAAUGAUCAUGAUAACUUCUCCAAUAUCGGGAUAAUUAGUAGCUUCUGUAGACAUUGCAGUGACGACUGGAUAGGAGUCAUUCCGCGUCGUAUACGACUGUUAUCUGAAAAGUAUGAAAUGCCGGUUCCACGUUCCGUCUUCAUGUCAUCUGAACGUCAAGCAAAGUGUCGUACACUAUUCAAUGACUAUCUAGCUGGAGCGAUGCAUCGUUUACAAAAUAUGUUCAAAGAAACCCAACGAAUCAUCUCAGGAAACAGGGACCAACUCGAAAGUCGUGGUGAAGUUAGCGAAGAGAGGCAAGAGCGGGCGGAGCAUUUAAUGUCAGCCUGUCGUAAAUUUCAUGAGUCCUUAAGUACUUUAGCUGAUCUUUUGGACGCAGAUCCACCACUUGAUUUUUCAUCUAUGAUAAAAGAUGAAUCUAUGUCAGACCUGACCGCAUCUGAUUCAGUCGAAAAAGUUAUUCAUGAAGAGGUUAAUCUGUUUGAAGAUGAAGAUACACGUUUAUUUUACGAAAGUCUACCUGAUAUCAAAGCAAUGGUACCUGCGAUCCUUUAUAAAGAAAGUGAACAAGCUGGUGUAGAAUCAAAUCAGUCAAAGAAUGAGGAUGGAGAUCCUGCCGGAAGUGAAGAUAUUGAUAUUGACACCGUUGAAUCAGAAUUAGCUAAAGAAGAAGCAUUAAUUCGAGUAUCAGAAGAUGGUAAUGAAUCAACUAAUUGCACAUCUAUACCUGAUAAAUCAAAACCAUAUCUGUUAAAUACCGAUGAUGGUGAAGAAGAUCUAAAUCCUUCGGGGAAAGUUCUCAUGGAAACGUUUUUAACGCAAUUACCAAACUGCAUUAAUCGGGAUCUCAUCGAUCGAGCAGCUAUCGACUUUUGUUUGAAUUUAAAUAAACGAGCCAAUCGUCGACGGCUUGCUAAAGCUUUAUUUAGUGUUCCAAGAACGCGUUAUGAUUUAUUACCAUUUUAUGCGCGCCUUGUGGCUUCAUUAGCCCCAGUGAUGCCUGACUUGGUACAAGAUAUCAAUUCUAUGCUUACUGCAGAAUUCCGUUGGCGUCUAUCUAAACGAGAUCAAUUAAAUAUCGAAUCCAAAUUGAAAGUGGUUCGAUUUAUUGGGGAACUUGUCAAAUUUAAGAUUUAUCCAGCUCAUCAAGCUUUGACUUGUUUAAAACAACUUCUUCCUCAAUUUGUACACCAUAACAUCGAUAUGGCCUGUGCUUUAUUGGAUACUUGUGGGCGUUUUCUUUAUCGUUUACCUAUAUCACAUAAACGUACAAAAGUUUAUUUGGAAAUAAUGCUUAGAAAAAAAGUUGCUUUACAUAUGGAUCAACGUUAUUCUAUUAUGAUUGAAAAUACAUAUUAUUAUUGUAAUCCACCACCGUCCAAUCGCCAGAUUGUCGAACCUGUGAAGUUGACACCUCAAAUGAUGUUCAUACGUCAUAUUUUGCUAACGAAAUUAGACCGAACUACCGUUAAUACUACUUUACGGCUAAUUCGAAAAAUGGAUUGGGAUGAUCAAGAACUUGUCGAAUUUACGUGCACCCUUUUCACUAGGGCGUGGGAUGUUCGCUAUACGAAUAUAAAUUGUCUAGCCAGUGUGUUAUCUGGGUUGGCUACCUAUCAUUCGGACUUUGCCAUGGCUGUUGUCGACAAUGUCAUCGAAGAUAUCCGUGUGGGAAUGGAGCUCAACCUUCCCAGUUUAAAUCAGCGUCGAAUCGUAAUGGUCAAAUACCUUGGUUUGUUGUAUAACUAUUGUCUGGUGGAUUCUCCGGUGAUAUUCAAAACACUUUACUCUCUUCUCACAUUUGGUGUUAGCUUGGAUCUUGAUUUCCCAAGUGUUAUCGACCCGCCGGAUUCAUUGUUUCGAAUUACAUUAAUUUGCACGCUACUUGAAACAUCUGGAAGUUUCUUCGAUCAGGGUAAAAAGCGACGAAAAUUGAACAUAUUCCUUAUAUACUUUCAGCGUUACUACUGGUUCAAGCGUUCUCUUCCUAUAUGGGUGCAGUCGAAAAACGACGCCGAGUUAUUAUCAGCCAAAUCAGUAAGUGAAACGAAGACAGAUCUCCAUACUGGCGAACUAACGUCUUCGGUUGAAGAGCCUGCUGUAAAUCAUUCUGAAGAUUCAUUGGUAUUAAAUAAUCCUGAAUCAUCAAUUGAUAUCUCUGGUCUUAAUUCAGAUACCCAAACUAAUCUACCUAUGUUUGUUCCUGUGCGUUUUCCUGUUGCAGUAGAGCAACAAUAUUUUGAAACUUUACAACAGUUUCGUGGUAAUGUUGGUCGAGCAAAAAAUUUCACAGAAGCACAACGUCUCGUUCGUCAUCUGGAAGCCCGAUGCCUGCCACGCCUUGCACGCCUUAAGGCUACAUAUGGACUAACAAGUGAAUCAGAAAACGUGGAAAAUGGUCAAGACCUAAAAAUUAUUUCAGAGAACAAAUCACUUCGACCAACUGGUCCCGGUCACAUGGAUACGAUAGCUGAAGAGGCUGAACAAGAAGAUGGAGACAUCCAACUGGGUGACGAUGAGUAUUCUAUGGAUGAAGAAGAUUCUGAUUUAGAUGACGAAGAUGAAGAACAAGGAGGUGAGACUCAUUCAUCUCAACGCCGUCAAUCUACUGACUUGAUAGAAUCGGAUGGUAGUCGUCGUCGUGCUCGCGUUGAUAGCCAACAAUCUCAAGAGGAUGUUGAUCUCACACUGGAGAAAACAGAAGAAAAAGAAGCAGAGGAAGAGGAGAUUGAUCAGAACUAUGAGUUGAAGCCACGAUUUAUUGAUUGUCCUGAGGAUACUGCGUUUUGUGAAGCUUUAGAUAAAAUGAUCGCCGAAGCAUUAUUGUCAUCUACAUCAGGGAGUAAUAGUAGUAGUGUCAGUGGUACAGUUACUAGUGUAACCAGUACUAUCAAUGUUAGUACUGAUACAAAUCCUGCAUCAUCUCGAACUCUCAGUGUGAAUGUUCUUCCUACUCCAGAAAUACUACAACUAGCAGCAGCAAAGAGUCGUUUAGCAAUGAAAGAAGAUGGCAGUUCAUCGACAAAUAAAGUUAACCAGCAAGCGAUUAAUCAUCAUAACUCAACCCUUCAUUCUGUGCCGACAAAAUCUAAUGGAGAUAAUUUAGAAAUUAAUCAUUCGGAUACGUUGUCAGCUGUAAAUGGUGAAGAUAGUCAAAAUACUGUUCCCUUUACACUAGUUUCGCGUCGUGGAAAUAAACCUCAUCUAAUUCCAUUGGCAGUCCCGGAUUCAGUACAAUUCGCAGCACGUUAUAUCCAAGCUGCAGCUGCCGAGAGAGAAGAAAGGGCUCGGAUGAAACAACUAGUACUUGAAAUGCAUGAAGCUCAAAAAGAAGAAGAAAUGGAGUGGGGUCAUUACGGAGGUCCAGAUGCUGUUUUGGCUCAUCAAUUCCCCGUCAAUGUGAACCGUGAUCGCUGGGUAAAGUAUAAUCAUCCAAAAGGAGCACCGGACGCCGAUGUAGUUUUUGGAACACACAGUCAAAAACGAUGUGCCAAUUAA